AACCGAUAUAAAGCCAAGCAGGAUUUCAAGCAACUUGUUUAUCCAAAAUCAUCAACUCUGAACUCAGAUAGCUUGUGAAUCAACUAGUUAUGUCUUCAGAAGUAAAGCCAGUCCUAUUCCACUACUUUCUGUCACCAUAUGCCAGGCGAGUUUCUUGGUAUGUAAUUAAAUCAUGCCCUACCGAUAGCAAAAAGGAGACACCAAAAAUAGAACGCUGUUUGAUUAACCAGUAGUACGAAGGUACCUCACUCUCCGUGGAAUUCAGCACAAACAAUGCGUAUGAUAAAAAGUACCCUAUUACCCGUAACAGGGAGCAUGCAUGUUGACAGAAUAUUCAGUUGCAGCCACUCAUUAUGCCACGGCCGGACCUAGAGACUCUCGGCGUCCAGUACCGACGAAUUCCCGUCUUGAGCAUCGGGAAGGAUGUCUACUGUGACACUCGCUUGAUUAUUAAAAAGCUUGAGGAACAGUUCCCGGACGGAAGGCUUGGUGCCACAGACGGUGAAGGGCAAGCUCUGGAGAACUUACUUGAAACAUGGUCGACGGAUGGAGGACUGUUUCUCAAUGCAGUUCUCCUGAUGCCACUUGACCUGCCAUCUUUACGGGACCCGGCAUUCUUGAAGGACAGAUCUACCUUCCUUACCGGUCCAAAAUGGAAGAUGGAGGAUAUGCCCAGUCUUCGGGGCGAGGCGAUGGUUCAAGUAAAGCGUGCUUUUGACUUUCUUGAAUCAACGUUAUUAGCAGACGGGAGGGACUGGCUCCGCAAGACGGAAAAGCCAACCCUUGCAGAUAUACACGCAAUAUGGCCAUUGGACUGGGUUCUUGACAUGGGAUCCUUGGAGGACAGCAUCGUCACUGAGGCCAGCCAUCCGAAAGUAUUUGCUUGGAUUGCCCGAUUUAGGCAAGCCCUGUCACACGCAAAGGGAAGGUUGGAAGAGAUGCUUGUGUCCGGCAGUGAAGUGCUUGACGGUCUCCAGCAUGAGUCUUUUGCUCAAAGUGAUGCCGAAUUCGAUGACUCAGAUCCACUUGGGCUUGAGAAGGGCGAAGAAGUGCUGGUUUGGCCCACUGAUUCAGGAUCAACUCAUCAGGAUGCUGGGACCCUUAUUGGGUUGAAUUCAAAGGAGAUCGUGCUGCAACGAAAGACGGCAGACAACAGGUUUGAUAUCCGCAUUCACUUUCCGCGACUGAAUUUCAAAGUCGUCUCGGCUGCUCACGUGCAGCAGACGAAACUGUGAGACGUGCAAGUUCCAUGAUACAUAAAAUGUUAGAUGGAGGGUAUUUGGGCAUAAUUUGAUCUUCCUUGACAUUAGCCAGCUGUGAUUCGCCAGUCUAGCACUGAAAGAAAUAUACCACUUAACACCCACCGCCUUUCCUAAACUCACCGUCCGUAAUCGUAUGAAAGGAUAGACGGACAUUCUCUCUUCAGCAUCCUUUUGUCCCGGAAAAGUCGCCCAUAUCAUCCAGUUAAGUGUUCCAUGUAUUCCGUAGAUCUGACGAGUCGGAGGGUCCGAACCGACGUCUUACCAUCUCUUUUAUUGAUGGUUCGUUCGCAGUUUAAAAAAGGAAUUUCCAGCCACCUGCAACGCUCUGAGAUCAUUUUCAACGGGGCCAAUAACCCCAAACCAGCCACGCGAUAAUUAAGAACAUCACAUAUACCUGUCCCUCGUACUUCGUGCUCCGUAGUCUCCAUAGGUUUUUUUGAUUGUCCCGAAAGUGCGACGUGAGGCUCACGUACCCAUCAGAAAGGACAUAUGGAGCUUCUUUUCCUAGACAGAUAGUGUACGACCUCAGCUUUUGUGCUGUGACUUUUCAUGUUCAGAAGAAUGCAGUAGGAUGGUACCAUCAUUAUUUUACCAGCCUUCUCCCCU